AUGCCAAAAGCAACUGUACUUAUUCAAGGUGCAUCGAGUGGUAUUGGAUUAGAAUUUGUUCGACAAUUAUUAAAACGUCAAGCACCUACUCAUGUUAUAGCAACAUGUCAAACAACGAACGAUGAUCGUUUAUCUAAUUUACAAAAAGAAUAUUUAAAAAGUUCUAUUCAUCGUUUAGAUGUUCUUGAAUUAGAUGUUCGACAUCAAGAUCAAUUCGAUUCAUUUGGAUUGCAAGUUGAACAAUGUUUAAAUGACUUAAAACGUGAACGAGGACUUGAUAUGCUUAUUAAUUGUGCACAUAUAUGGCAUCCAUCAAAUCGAGUUGAAACUUCAUUAAAUGAUGUUCUUAGUAUUGAUUUAAAUGAUGUUUAUCAAGUAAAUGUUGUUGGUCCAUUAUUAGUUACAAAAAUUUUACUUAAUGUUUUAAAACGAGGUCGUUCAUCAUUCGGAUCACCAUCAUCAAAUGCUCCUUAUUCAUCAUUAAUUGUUAAUAUAUCAGCUGAACUUGCAUCAAUUAAUAAUAAUAAUGUUGGUGGUUGGUAUGCUUAUCGUCUAUCAAAAUGUGCAUUAAAUAUGGCAACAAAAAAUUUAGCUUUAGAAUUUGGACGACAACCAACAGAUGAUAAUUCAAUUUGUGGUUUAAAAAAAGAUGAUAAACCAUUAUUAUUUGUUGCAAUGUCACCUGGUAUUGUUAAUACACAAAUGAUACAUGAAUAUAAAAAAUUAUUUCCAAAAGAUGCACAUUUCUUAACAAAAACUGAAUCUGUUCAACGUAUGUUAUCUGCUAUUGAUAAAUUAUCAUUAAAAGAUAAUGGAAAAUUCUUAGAUUUUAAUGGUAAACCAAUUCCAUAUUGA